UGUCACGAGACGAUGUUACGACUCCUUUAUAUACUAAGUUUGUUAAUAUGUAUCGAAUUAUCCUUUUGUUAUAACUAUUUGGAUGAUGCCGCAGAAAGCAAAGGUAACAGAUUAGGGCGGUAUGCCAGAAGAGAUCGUGUCAGAAGGGCAAAAAGACCAAAGGAACGGAAGAGCCUCAUCCGUCAUGAGUAUGAUUAUGACAGAAAUCCGGUAGAAUUUGAUGUGGCCAGUUUCAUACAACCUGAUGAUGACCUCGUCGAAGAAGAUGGUAUAUCGAUGAGGCAAAGGAAUAAUAAACGAAAAAUUUCAAAGAAUUACGACUACGGCUCCUUACUGGGUCUAAAUGUUGAUGACAAGAAACGAGAUCGGAGUCCAGAUUACCUGAGCAUGAGUGACGCUUCUCCAAAUUUGAACUUCAACCCUGAUAUUCUCAAAAACGUAAACUCUCUCUCAGUCAACCCACAACACCUUAGCUAUAAAUCAUUAGAUGAUCUUCAUAGUCAGAAGUACGGAAAUGAAAAAUUCCGGAACAUUUACAAAGAUGAUUUGUUGAUGGAUCAAAACGUUGUCCACAGCCAUGAAAAGAAGUGCACGCUAAAAAAUAUAAAGUUCCCGUUUUUUUCCCAUAACAAAUCUGAACCCUUGAAGCCAAAGAAAAACAAAAAGAGAAAGCUAUUCUGUUUCAAUUGUCCUAAAAAGGGGUCAAAGUAUCCGGACGAGCCUAAGAUUGGUGACGAGAUAUUUGGUCACUAUAAGAUAAAAAGAUCGUUCGAAGACAAGCUAUGUCCAGUUUGCAAGAAGAAAUUUUUGGCCAGCUUGGCACAAAAUGAGAGACGCAAGAAAGCUUCCAGAAGAGUGUUACACAAUAGCAGGCAAUACUACCAAAACAUAUCACCUGAAGCAAAAAUGAAAAAUAAUGUAAAGAAUUUCAGAAGGAAGAAUGUAGCAUUCACCCGUGAAGUUCCAGAAACUACUAGGAGCAAGAGAGAAGAUUCUAGGGACAGGCAGUUGAAAGAGUUGGAAGAAGUCCAAAAGAAGAUAGACAACGUUGAGAUUAACGUCCCUAAUUUUGAGAAACCGGCUGAGAAGACUUCGUACAAGUAA